AUGUCGUCUGAUGAGAGCGAUGGCGACUAUCAGGAGCAACGAGAGGAAGAAGAGGAGGAGGUGAAUAGUGGGUCUGGUUCAGAAAACGGAAACGAUGAAAAUGAAAAUGGCUCAGGAAGUGAGGACGAAGCACCGAAAAAGAAAAAUAGGAAGAGAAAAAUUAAUUCGGAAAGUGAAGACGAGGGGACUGGCGACAGCGAGAACGAAGAAGACGAAGAAGAGGAAGGUUCGCCUAAGAGUUCGAAAAAGCGCUCAAAAAAGAAACGGGUAUUUUACUUAUUCUCGUUGUUUGCUUUUAACUCUUUUGCUGCGUUUAGCCAAAUCACCCUACGGAUCUAUUCCUUAUGA